UUCGGUUUCCUUUCCUAGCAGCCGGGUGCCCCGAUGGCGGCUUGGACGAGCUUCAGGGGGCUGGAGGAUGGCCAGAAGAAAGAGGGGUGCUGCUGGGAGUACGACUCCACCUGGGAGAGCGAGGAGGAGGAGGGAGAAGGGAAGGAGUCGCAGGAGGCCCGAGCCGACAGAGAGGGAGAGGAGUCCUCGCCAGGGUGGUUCAGGGGCUCCCACCAGGCCAGCGGCGCACAGUCUAGAUGCUAUUGUCUAUUCAGGAAGACAUAUAUGUUUUUGAGGAAAGUUCUUUCAGAGCUUAAUCUUUCAGAUGCCCAGGAGCAAAGAAGACCAGCUAUCUCAUCAAUUGGUUAUAGAGGUUUUGAGUUCUUGACUGGACGCAACUGGACAGCUGCAAAAGAUAUGCAGAGAUACAGGCAUUGUUAUCCGGGCUUGAAAGAAAGGGAACCUGAUGUUGAAGAGGAGGAGAUGUGGAAUUUAAGUUUUUACAAAAACGAAAUUCACUUUUUGCCUCAUGGCUUGCUUAUUGAUGAGCUCCUUGAAGCUUGGCAGGAGGAUUAUGAGACUCUGGAAGAAAACCAUUCUUAUAUACAAUGGUUGUUUCCUUUGCGUGAACAUGGGAUGAACUGGCGUGCAAAGCCUCUCACAUGUAAAGAAAUUCAGGCCUUUAAGGAAUCCAAGGAAGUUAUGCAAAGAUUCAUCAGAGCUUACAAACUCAUGCUGGGUUUUUAUGGAAUAAACUUGAUCGAUCAAGAAACGGGGGAAGUGCGAAGAGCAGAAAACUGGCGUCAGAGAUUUCGCAACCUUGAUCGGUUUAGUCACAACAAUUUGCGGAUAACUCGUAUUCUGAAGUGUCUGGGAGAGAUGGGGUAUGAACACUAUCAAGUAUGCCUGGUUAAGUUUUUUCUAACAGAGACACUUGUUUUCCAAACACUCCCAAACGUUAAGAGAAGUGCCUUGGAUUACUUCCUGUUCACCAUCAGAAACAAGCAGAAGCGAAGGGAAUUGAUACACUAUGCAUGGAUGCACUUUAAACCUCAGGAUAAGUUUGCAUGGGGGCCUCAUAAGAAACUCCAGAAAUAUAAACUUCUGUCGUUAAAGUCUCAGCACUGCCAAAAGGCUGAGGACGAGAAGGAAUCCGUCAGAGAUAAAGAAGCAGUGGGAAAGAACGAAACCAGUCCUCCAGACAGAGAGGAGAAAGUUGGAGAUGCUGCAUACUCAGAAACCAACAAGGUGACUGAUGAAUGUACCUCAGAGGAGCAAAGUAAGUGUGGUGCCAUGUACGUUGCAGAGCGAGGAGACAACGUAGGAGAGAGAGAUGCCUCACUUCCCCAACUAGAAGAGAAGGUUCUGAGUGAGGACCUUGUGGGCAUGGGGGAUGGAGCAGAGAGUGAACGCCUAAAGGAAAGCAAGAAAAGAAAGCUUGAGAUGAACAGAUUAACUGGUAAGUGCACAGGGCUAUUGAAAAGUCCCACUGAUAUUGAGAAGAUCUCUUAUAACCUAGGGGAAUUUGCUAUCAAUCAAGAGACCACAGAGACACUUCCGGCAUUGCCAGAAAAGGGUGAUCACGUAACAGCUGAAGAAGGUGAUGUCAGUAGUGAAGACUUAAAGGCGUCUGAGUCAUCUGACGCACCUGUAAAAAGAAGGAAAGUUGAUGAGGCAAUGCCAGAAAACAGUACUGUAAAUAUGGCAACAAACUUGAACACUGACACCACUACCUGCAACAUCCAAGCAACAGGGGCUGAGAAGGAAGAAGUUAGUGAGGAAGAUACGGUUGUGGAAGAAAUUAAUGUGAAAACUGAGAGUGGUGCUGAAGGUGCAUCUGUGAAUUCAUUGCCUGGUUCUGAGACUAAUGAGCCUGGUCUGCCUUCUUUGGCAGGCAGUGGCUCAGUGCUACGUGAAGCAAAUUCAGAAAUACAGAACGAAGAGCACCAAUGUAAUGAAACUCUAACAGUAAGUGAAAGCCAGGUAGACGACAAAGAACAGAAAGAAGGGACAGAAGAUGUCGAUGCAAGAAGGGAAACACAAAUCCCAGACAAGAACCAGGGCCAAGAGCUUCUUCAGCAGUGUGUGGUGGAAUCUUGUCCUGAAAAAGUCAGUGCUAGGAACGUAGCACAAGAAAUUGAUUACACUGAGGAUUCAGCAGAACUGAAUGAUCAGCAGACAAUGGCAGAGAGUGGCAAAAACAUUGCAGUAGCACUAGAGCAAGGGGAGGAGGAAGGACAGUAAUGUCCUGAAUUCAAGGAGCAUGGAACAGUGAUUCAGACUCCAAAGGCACGUGGAAAAAGACAUCUCCUUUAAAACAAUCCAGAACAAACUAAGUCCCUCCCCUCCCGUCCCCUCCCCUGUCUUCUCUUCUGGUUGUCCUAACUAGAAAAAAAUCUGCUUGGUCAACUUCAUAGGGAAGAGCCCCAGCCUCUUCCUGUUCCCGUUUGUAUCUGACAUGCUGGACUGUCUGCAAGGAUUUCCCCUCUUCACCUCUUAUUUUGGUAUGUGUUUUAAAGAAAGAAAAAAGCUUCUUUCCUCUUCGAAAGAGCAAAGCUCUUAUUUAAUAAGUGAUCUUAAUCCAUGGAAUACAGAUGUUUGUAGGAUAAACCAAUUGGUUUCUGGUUUUACUUUUUUACCAGGUAACUCCUCUUGGGCACUUUGGAAACUCACACUAAGAACGAGGAGUUUUUACAUUUGCUGUCUCCCUAGUGAGGCCAAUGUGAGGCCCUGUUGAUCAUCUUGGUGAGGCUCUGCUGAAAUCAUUUUUUAAGGAGACACCAAUUUGGUUGUUCAGUGGUUGUCCGACUUGAAGCCUGGUGCUUUUCUGCUCCAUGAGGGCAGCCAUCCCCCAUUCUGCUAAUAUUUGCUUGCGAAAGGGGUGAGGGUAGCAAAAUUUCAUGUAUGUGAAAGUGCAAAUGCCUUUCCAUUGGUAAGUUACUAAUUUUAAGAAUUUAGUUUGGAAUACGAGAGUUGUUGAUUGAACUAUACAGUCCAGAAGUUUGACAAAUAUUAACCUUAACGGGGCUUUUCUCCAAUCUAUGUGCAGGGAUGUUGAGGGUUUAAUUCCAUCUAGCCCUAGCACAAGUCACUUAUGCAUUUCUUCCAAGGGUUGUUGGGAGACUGGAAACCCACCAGUCUCUGAAAGAAAAGGAAAAAAAAUAAAAUACAAAUCUGGCAUUGCUUAAAAAGAGUGCUGCCCUCCUGGGAGUCCCUUUUUCUCUCUCUGUGGAGCCCUGGUGUUUUUUUCAUUGGUUCUGAGUCCUUUAACUGACUGUCAGUGCAGUUUUCAUCAGGCUACUGUUCCCUUGUCCCUGGUGCGGAUUUUCACCCUUGAUAAUUUUAAUCCCUUUUCUGAUUUGUGCACAUGUUGUGCCAGUAGCAUUCUAUCUCACUGUCCCAAGCAUGUUCUGCAGUGUGUCCUGUGCACUGUCGGGGAUCAUAGCUCUGUCUUGGCUGUGAAACAGUUAAACUGUUGAGGGGUGUCUUUUAAACCAGAAGCAUCAUGAGAAUCUCUUGUCAGCCCCUGCCACCUACUGACCAGCACUAAUGAUAUUAAUAUCUAUUGUUACUACCAUCUAACUUGCACUUAAUGUUAAUAAUGUGCACAUCAGCCUUGUAUGGAAUUCAGCUGGCGUAAAGGAGCAUCAUACAAUGUCAUGCUGUAAAUAGGAGAAAAUAUUAAAGUAUUUAUCACAGUGGACCUGCUUUACCAAGCAGAAGGAGAAAAAUGCAGCAGCUGAAAAGACUGGACUUGAUGUUCAUUUAAACUCUGGUUCUAUUUUUGGUUGGUUUGUUUUUUAAAUACCAUUUGUUUUUUGUAGAACAUUGCUGCAGCUUAGGUCAGCCAUCCUAUCAGAGUUUUUUCUUCUGCAUGUUCCAGCUCUUAAGCAAAGAAUCUUUAACUGUUCUGGGAUUUAAUCUGUGACUUGCCUGCUCAAAACUUGUAUGUCCUGAUCUGGCCUGGCAUUUACACAUAUGUGUAACUCUAAGCACGCAUGUAGUCUCGUUGAAGUCGGGGCAUAUAUGCUUAUAGUAAUACACGGUAAAGGCCUUAAAACCCCUUUGUUACAGUGUUUUUUCUCUAGAAGAAAAACACAUUGUGUUUAAAUAUUCAGUAAAACUAACUAAAGACCUUCAGUGUUUAGAGAACACAGGGAAAAAUUGCUUUUUAUGAAAGUCUUUGUACAGUUUUAUAGCUGUCUUUUUAUUUAAGCAACGACGGUCUCACUGGAUGUGUUCAUACAUGGCCCACUUUGCAUAUCUUGUAUGGUGAUGAGUUUUAAAUGAGAUCUCAGUAUAAUGUAUAUUAAAGUAUGAUUUUAAUGCAAA